AGGAAAACAAAACAAGUCGGACUCUGAGGAUCAACGACGACGAUGCACACUUUCUUCUCAUCGGAAGACCUCUUGGAUAGUUCCUUCUGGUCGUCGCCGCCACCGCCGUCGUCUUCGCCGCCAUCUCAUUCUCCUUUCCGAUCUCCCGAACCUUCCUUGGCGAUGAACGGAAGCUUGUCCGAGUGGGCGUUGGAGAGGUUUCUCGAGGAAGUUUCGUCGUUCCCUGUGAAUAGUUAUCCUUCCACUACCUCCAAUCGCGUGACGGUUUCUCCUGUGGAUGUGGCAUCUCCUGCUUCUCAGUCUUCGACUUCGAAGCGUGAUGAAGAUGAUGAGAUUGUGGAGAUCAAGAAGGCGGAUUGUGAUCAUGAUCGGUCUCAGCCUAUUCCGUCUUUGGAUCCGUCAAAAAUGGUUCGAAGUGAUUCUGAUCGGUACCGUAUGUUUUUGAAGAAUCAGCUUGAUAUGGCUUGCGCUGCUGUGGCUCGCUCGAGGGCCUCGUCGUCGGAACCCAAAGGUCCAGUCCAGCCAGCUGAACACCGUGGGCAAACGUCGAGUGGUUUUCAAUUUGGCUUGCAAGCUCCGGGGCAAGUGGCUCUAGGCUCUGAUCGUGGCACUUCAACAAAAGAAAGUGACGCUAAUGGUAGUCCACUUGGGAUCCCAUCCUUACCUGCAAUGCCUAAGAAACAAGGGCUACAAACUGCCCAAACAACAAGUGGAUCGUCCAGAGAUGAGUCUGAUGAUGAUGAUCUUGAAGGAGACAUUGAAAACAGUGAGAAUAUGCAUCCUUCCGAUGCAAGACGCGCUAGGAGGAUGUUGUCAAAUAGAGAAUCAGCAAGACGCUCCAGACGAAGAAAACAAGCACACUUGAAUGACCUUGAGACCCAGGUUGGUCAACUUAGGGUUGAUCACUCUACUUUGUUAAAGUGUCUCACGGAUGUCAAUCAAAAGUACGAUGAUGCAGCUGUUGACAAUAGAAUUUUGAAAGCUGAUAUCGAGACUUUAAGAGCGAAGGUGAAAAUGUCUGAAGAAACAGUGAAAAGAUUGACAGGAGUGAACCCACUGCUUGUUGCCAUGUCUCAGAGCCAAAUGCCAUUUGUGAGUAGCCAAAUGCCAAUGCAAUCCAACUCCCAAUUCUUCCACCAAAAUAUGUCUGCCUUCGGAAACAGCCCUCCACAUCACCGAAACUUGGAAGGCCCUGGCGGAAGAUCACAGAAUGACGUGGCAACCAAAAUGACUGAUAUGGCCUCCGUGCACCAUGUAAUUGAUGAUAUUGAUCCUGUGCAGAAGCAUGCCAUGCAUGGCCCCGUAUCAGGUUGGGAUGCAGAGCCGUCGCAUGCAGCUCCAAAUCAAAAGAACUGAAGGAUUAAAUCUGUCGUUUUUGUAAGCAAUAUUUCCUCUUAUAUUUUCAUUGGGGAUUGUGGGCUAGGAUUAAUAAGAUAAGAAAAAUACUCUUCUUACCUUUUCUUUUCUAUUCUAUUUUCAUUUCAUGCUCCACUACUCUGUAUUAAGACUCGGAUCUCGUUGGUUUAGGUUUUUUUCUUUUUUAAAGAAAUCAGUUUUGUAGUUGACAA